CGCCCAAAAAUAUCCGCUACUAUCUACCUAUCUCCCUCAUUUAGACAGAGGUCAGAGCAAACAAAGACUCAAUUCCUCUCUCACUAGUGACUACUUCACUUUCCUACACUAACAUUUACACGAGGAUCUAAACACUCCCCAUUUCUAUCUUCAACUCUCUCUCUCUCUCUGAUUGUAUAUACACAGUGACUGUUAUGGAGCGUAGACGAACCGACAGUCCGCUAUACAUCCGCCAAUGGAGCAGCGAGUCUUCCACUUCCCCCGCCACCAAUCUGGCCUCGCCGGGGAUGUCUCCGUCGCGUGCGACUCACGUUCGAUCCGCCUCCGCCACCGCCUUCUCCACCGUCAAGCGCACUCAGAACUUCGCCGCCAAAGCCGCCGCUCAGCGCCUCGCUCAGGUCAUGGCCUCGCAGACCGCCGACGAUGACGACGACGAAGACGACGACUCUGGCCUAGGGUUCCGUUACAGUGCUCCUCCUCCUUCUAUUUCUCUCUCUCACACUCGCAACCUCACCUCAACCACCACCACCAAGCCGGCCAUUCCAACUGUAAGAACCAACAGAUCCGCUUCACCGUCGUUGGCUCGGAACUAUGUAGAGGAAACUCCGUCAGUCCACUCAACGUCCACUGGAAGGCCAUUGGCAAUUUCGGCUCGUACAGCAGCGCCAUUGUUACCGCCAAAUAAAGCACCAUUGAGGACCGCUGUUUCUCUUCCUCCACUAGAUCAGCCUCCUGCAAUUGUGCAAAGCAAUAAAAGAUUCACAUCAGAUGCAGGAAAUUUUAAACCAAAAGAUUCAGGAGAUCAACGUGAUGCUUCUACACUUCGUGAUGAACUUGAUAUACUACAAGAAGAGAAUGAGGGUAUGCUUGAGAAGCUCAGACUUGAGGAAGAGAGACACAAGGAAGCAGAGGCCAGAGUUAAGGAGCUUGAGAAACAGGUUGCUUCUCUUGGAGAAGGUGUCUCUUUGGAAGCUAAACUCCUGAGCAGAAAGGAAGCUGCACUGCGUCAAAGAGAGGCUGCACUUAAAGAUGCAAAAAGAUCUAAGGGUGGAGAAGAUAAGGAAAUUGAUUCCCUUCGAUCUAAAGUUGCGAAUGCAAAAGAUGAGGCAGCAGAUGUCAUGCAACAGCUUCAUGGAGCUGAAUCUGACGUAAAAGCUCUUCGAUCAAUGACUCAAAGAAUGAUACUAACUCAGAAAGAGAUGGAAGAAGUUGUGCUGAAAAGGUGUUGGCUUGCUCGUUACUGGGGCUUAGCUGCAAAAUAUGGUAUCUGUGCAGAUAUCGCAAUGUCGAAGUACGAACACUGGUCAUCCUUAGCACCUCUUCCAUUUGAGGUUGUCCUUUCUGCAGGACAAAAGGCCAAGGAAGAAGGUUGGGAAAAAGGUGAUGAUGAUCCUGAGAACAGGAGCAAAGUUCAAGACUAUGAUUUAACGGGAGAAGGAAAUAUUGAGAGUAUGCUUUCAGUUGAAAUGGGGUUGAAAGAGCUUGCUUCCUUGAAGGUUGAGGAGGCCAUUGUGCUCUCACUGGCCCAACAGCGCCGUCCAAAUUCUGCUCGACUAUCUAUUUCAGAUCUUAAAUCACCAAGUGAUCCGAAGUUUAUGGAGGCAUUCGAACUAAGCGCUGAGGAGUCUGAAGAUGUUCUUUUCAAGGAGGCAUGGCUUACAUAUUUUUGGAGAAGAGCCAAAGCUCAUGGUAUAGAAGAGAGCAUCGCAAAAGAACGUCUUCAGUUUUGGAUUAGCCGCAGUGGGCACUCGCCAACUUCACAUGAUGCUGUUGAUGUUGACCAAGGUUUGAUGGAGCUCAGGAAAUUGGGGAUUGAGCAUCGACUAUGGGAAGCAUCUCGGAAAGAAAUUGACCAGGAUCCUUCCAAUUUGAUUUCACGGAAAGCUGCUGCAUAAAUGAAGAGUACUGCUUGACAAACCACCACUGGCUUGAGAUGUUUGCACUCCUUUUUUGUUUGUUUCUAUUUUCCUGUAAUUCAUUUUUGUUAGAUUUUCUUUUAGUUUUGGAGCAUUUUUGUUUAUGUGUGAUGUGGGAAACCAACUGGGUUUUCCAUUUGUGUUACUGUGAUGUAAAGUUCAUUACACGUAUCUCUAUUGACCUAUUUGGGGUACAUAAUUUAAAACUAUAAAUUUUGUAA